AUGGACUUCCCGAUGGACGAUCACUUUGAUUUCGACGCCUUCAUCAAUUGGCCCGAUAACGUGUCCCCCGCGCAUGAUGCCGCAGGGGGCGAGGAUGGAAGGGACCCGCUUGGAAGUGCGACUUUUGGGCAUGCGCAGCCACUAGCAGAAGCGAUACCUGGCUACAGUGCCAACACCGCCAAUGAUGAUACCGACCAGGUCACCGCCGCUCCCAUCCCACCACCAGGUGGCGUCGACACUCCAAGCUUGGGCCAAGAGUCGUCAAGCACAAACCCUAGUAAGAAAUGUGCCUGCAUGGUGUGCCUGGGAAUAGGCAUAGUAUUUAGUCGUGGCUCGAUCCCGUAUCUAUGUCAUUUUGCAGGCUGCAGCUGGGAUCCUGCGAUUUGGGCCAGAAAGUCCGAGUAUCGGGUGCAGCAUGAGAAGACCCAUUACGAGCGAGGUCCAGAAAACUCGCAAACCCCCUUUUACUGCCUCGUCGAGAAUUGCCGCUUCAGCUCAAAGCGUUGGUCGGACCUCCGCCGCCAUACCACCGCCAAACAUUGCAACAGUCCCAACACGUUCGCGUGCUCUGUGAUCGGAUGCAAGUACCAUGGAGAAGGCAAUGGCUUCACCAGAAAGGACAAGCUCACAGCCCACUACAAGAACAUGCACCAGGGGCAGAAAAUUCCCGGCCAGGCCGCACGAGCAAUCAAGCCAGCUCCAGCUUCAUCCCACGCCGAAGCAUCAGGGUCCAGUAGCAUUGGUGCGUAG